UACGCGUGUGGGGGCGAUGACAGCUCGCAGACGGGCUCGCGUGGUGUUGACAGUUACGGGACGCGCUGUUGUUUCCCUUUUUCUGCCCGAAAUUUGCCAGUACAGCAAUGGAUCAUACUUGCUAUGUGCGGCAGAAGCCUAAAAGGAAACACGAGAAACACAAUUGUUGCGUUCCACAGUGCUCGGUGUAUAAAAAUCCGUCGAUUCACAUGCAUAGAGUGCCGUCAGACCCAGUGCGUAAGAAGAAAUGGGCAGUGGCCAUACGAACGGGAAAAGAACUGACCCAAUACAUGCUAGUUUGCGGUAAACACUUCCGCAAAGAUGAUUACCUUCCUACAGGGAGUAAGAAGCCUUCGCUGAAGAAGACAGCUGUACCCUCUCAGAAUCUACCUAUUCGAAGUCACGAGAGAGUGGAGACAUCCCCUGUUAAAAGGAAGAAAUCUGCUAGAGCAGACAGGGCAAAGAAAAGAACCAUGUGGGUGUGUGAAGAGGAGAACGAGCUUGAAACAAGGGCAGAAUCUUUUGAUUCUACAGAUGGCCAAACAAGUGACGAGGAAGGUGAAGCCAACGAUGGGUGGUUGGAUGUUCCUGACAUGGAAGAAGAAGAUAUAGAAAAGUUUAAGACUGUCGGUGUGCAAGUUGGUACGUAUGUGCAAAAUGAAGCAUUUGUUAGUAGCCUUAUGAGCAGUGACAGUAAAUUGUUUUCUACAACGGGUCUGUACUCAGUGGAGUAUCUGAAUGAUUUAACUUCUUUUUUUAAUGAAGUUGCUCCAGAAAAUCCAAAGAAGAAAUUUCUGUUGCCAACUAGAGACCGCAUAUUAUUGACAAUGAUGAAAAUUAAGUUGGCUUUAUCUUUCUCUACUUUAGCUGUAUUUUUUGACAUAAGUGUUCAAAAUGCUUGCAAUUAUUUUUAUGACUCUGUAAGAGUGUUAGCAAGUCUGUUGACUUGUUUGGUUGAGUGGCCGCCUAAGGAGAAUAUAUUGAAAAACAUGCCUAAAUGUUUUGCUACGUUCAAGAACACAAGGAUUGUGCUUGAUUGUUUUGAGCUGUUUGUUGAGAAGCCCAAGUGUGUGAGAUGCAGAACUCGCCUGUAUUCUCAAUAUAAGAAAGGAUACACACUUAAAGUGUUAUUAGGCUGUGCCCCCUCAGGUCUAAUAAGCUUUGUCAGCAGAAACUAUGGUGGAAGAGCAUCAGAUAAAUUCAUUACAUCACAUUCCAAACUGUAUGAUAAAUGUGAAUACAGUGAUGGUGUAAUGGUUGAUAAAGGUUUUGCCAUCGAAGAUGAAUGUCUUCAACAUUGCCUUGUUAUGAUUCGCCCUCCAUUUUUAAGGCGAAAGAUCUGUUUUCCUAGGCCAGAAUCAUUCCAGUGUUCUAAUAUUGCUAGGGCAAGGGUUCACGUGGAAAGAAGUAUUCAAAGAAUUAGAGAGUAUCACCUUCUCAGAAACAAGUUGCCAUGGAGACUUGUACCAUACUUUGAUGAUGUGGUGUUGAUUGUGUGUGCUUUAGUGAAUCUUGGUGCCCCAAUACUAGCUGAUGGCAAAUUUCCUCAGUGAUUGUUUGUAGCAGAAAAGGUGAAAAAUAAACA